AGGCGCAGCGAUUCAAUCCUCAGAACGCCAAGUUGCGCAAACUCAUCCGCCUCGACGUGGCGCGCUGCUUUGCGGAGGUCCCGCGACUGCGAUGUGGCGCGGCGCGCUUGGCACUGCGAAACUUAUUGGAAGUUCACCUGCGAAGGUGCGAGGCCCGUGGGCGCCAGCAAGCGUAUUGUCAGGGCUACCAUGAGCUUGCUGCGGUGAUGCUUCUGGCAUGCAUGGAUGGUACCUGGCCAGAACGCCAGCGUGUCGAGGAGGAACUCAGCAAGAUGAAUCUGGGAGAAGAUGACAUCGCGGUGUACAAGGAACUCUGUAGCGCGGAGGCGGUUCCAGCAGAUGCCUUGGCUUUGCUUGAGGCUUUGCUGUACGAGCACCGCCUUGUCGACAUGUACGAACCAAAACCUGAGGGCGAUGAAGACGAAGACGUUGUGGCCUUGCGUUGCCGGAGAAUCAUCACUGCUUUGAGACCAAUCUCGGCAGAUGUGGCCGACAAGGUUGAGAGCUGGGGACUCUCCCCUCAUGUUCUCCUGCUUCGCUGGGUCAGGCUACUCUUCUUGCGCGAGCUGAAGUUCCCGAACGACGUGUUGGUGGCUUGGGAUGCCAUUUUUGCGGAUGCAUAUAUGAUCAAUAGUGAUGAGAAGGCACCAGCAGCCGGGGUGCUUCCCUCCAGUGCAGCUUUGCCACUCAGUGACGACUUCGCUCAAGCGAUGAUUUUAGCUAUGUCUCCAACCAAUCCCGAGCAGCUUUUACACUAUAGCGAUCGUUCGCCCAAUGUCAAUCAACUCUUGCAUUUGGCCCAUCAACUUCGGGUCUACCAACGCAAUGGGACUUGGAAUUCAGGAAACAAAAUGCAAAGUCCGACUCCUUCCGCGGAAGGUUCAUUUCCGCAGCCUCCAGCAGCUUGCUAUCCCAAGCUGACAGGCUUGCAGAAACCUUCAGUGCCUCCAAAAGAGAAGGAUCGACGCUACACAAUGGGUGACUCUUUGGGCGGCGAGGUUUUCGGACACGCCUUAGGCUGGGCAGCCAGUCGCCUUUCUGGAGCAUUAGAGGGGGUGCUCAAAGUCGAGAGGGCCGUGCCAAGGACCAAAGACAUUGAACCUGCGGUGGCACCCGUGCCAGACCGGACCGGGAGACGUUCAUCGGAGCCAGUGAGGCCCACAAUCAUCCCACCCUCACCUGAGCUCACCGCACUGCAGCGGCCAAGGAGGGAUAGCUUUCCAGCUGAGAAAGAGUCGCCAUUGCCGUCGAGCUUCAACUCGCUUGAGGGUGAAGGAGGCGAUACUGAGGCGCAGAAGCCGCCCCAAGCCCCAAUGCCCGGCCACCGAAAGCCGCGAGAGCGUGGAAAUUCAGAAGAAACCGAUGCGAGUUUCUGGCCACUGUCUCCGGCCCUAUCGGGAAUCUCUGCGACGAGCCUUUCUCAGCCAAGGUUCAAGGGCCUAUUCAGCGCAAGCCCCUUGCAGGCACCAAGGAUACCGCACAUGGCUCCUGGGCAGGUCGAUGAGUCCACCGCUCAGCUCCGAAGCCUUUUACCCUUCCCAAAGGCAUCGAAGCCAGCACCAGCUCCAGUUUCAAGAAGCACGACAUCUACGCCACUAGAGCCAUCAGAGUCAGAGCCUUUUUGGGCUCCUUUGCCAGAGCAAGUUGAAGCUGAGAAGGCACGGCCAAAGUUGCACGAGCCCAGCGCCGAGGGAGUCAUGAAGGAUCUGGAUGACCUUCAAGCUAUGUUGCAUUCAUUGGGCCAACCAGGAAACCUGACAAAGGCUGAAGUUGGCACUUGAGCAAUCUAGAGGACUUACAUUCACCUCUGAGAUGCCGAGAGGAAGAACUGGUCUGCCG